AUGCCCGAGGAACUGGCUCUCGGUCCAAAAAAGGACACAAUUGGAAUCAUCGGCUAUAUGGGAUACCGACGAGAUAUCGAUGCAAACCUCCGCGCCGAGAGUAAUGAAAAGGGAUCAUUGAUUGAGUCGGACAACGCCAUUGAUACAUUUUUCAGGCCUAGCUGUGCAACAAACAGACAGUACGUCAACGGCCAAACUUACUUGACGAAAGACACAGGCAAGCAACCUGCCGUUGAACCAAGCCCAAGCAAAGGGAGAGACAGAUGCGAAACUCAGAGAAUACCAAGAAGCUCCGGGAUCUCGUCUCGUCGUCUCGUAGCGCUGCUCAGUGAGUUCGUUGUUGAGCAGAUCCUUUCAGGCUCCAUGUUCGCGAAGAACGGCUACCAAACCUCUGUCAACCGUCGUCUGCUCACCCUCUGUCAGAAAUACCAAGAAUUUGAUCCAACCCAUGUAUAUGAUGAGCCCCACCCUGAGCACUUUCGGCGCCUUCAGUUGACAGAACUGCAAUUGCGCGCAGUACUCAAGGACGAGCAUCCCCAUCUCAUAGGGUCCCUAUGUAGCCUUUGGACCCAAGCUCGGUGGUUGGGUGACAGAUGUCUGAGCUCCUGGUUUCUGGAAUUUCUAACCAAGGAUUGUAAGGUGGUUCUAGGGGAGAGCCACAUCAUUACAAGAGUAUUCCAGGAGCUAUGUGACAACCCAUACAAGUCCAAUCCCCUAGGAUGCCUUGAUCUUUUGGUCUGUCUGCCGAAAGAGUUGUUUCGUCAACGAGAGGUUGAUGUUACCUUGAGAGAACCCACUCAGGGAAAUAUUUCACCUGGGUCCAAGAAGGAAGCCAUCAACGAUUACAGUGAGUCUGGCAAGUCCGGUCCCGUCAGCCAGUCAGCACAGUCAGCUGGCCGAGCCGGAGAAAAGCCUGCAGUUGGUUCUGGUACCAAUCAACGCACAAUGAAUUGGUUAGGCCAGCCAGAGGAAGAAAUCAGCCCAGGCGCGGGACAAUCUGCCCAUGUGGCAAAGUCUUUGGGUGCUGCCAUCGAAAUGUCCGAAUCAGGUCCUUUGCAGACAGCGGCCUCAACCAGUGAGUUUUAUAUCGACGAGUCACAUCAGCAGCACUUCUUGGCCUCCAAUGAAGACGAUUUGUCUGUAAGCGAGACGACGUCUGUGUCCGAAGCAGUUGACUCGUUGUCAAUAAGGAAGCAGCAAAUCGUCGAUAGCAUUGUGAGAUUGUACGUGGAACAAAUCGAUGUUUGGACGGAGAGACUAGUGAGCUACGCCAAGGGUGCAACCGGAACGACCGAAACUGGAAAUGGGAGCAACGGAUUCUGGGACCUGGAGAUGAAGAUUGCGAGAAUGGAGACGGCGACAGCGAAGGCGAACCCGCAAAGAAGAAGCCGAGCCACGAUGGUAACACAAGAUCCUUUUGCUCGUCUGGGCUGCCCUUACCACAAGUUUGAUCCCUGGUUCUACGACAACGAAACCUGCAGAAGCCCAGGGUGGAAGGACGUUGCGAAAGUAAAAUGGUCUGGAACAUCGCAGAGUCGCUCGCAGAUCACGCUCAAGAAGCCCAAGCUUGUGAAAGGCGAGUUCCCGUAUGGACGUGCCAGGUUGAAGACGACCACAUACCCGACCCUUUUAAGUGGCAUCUUGCUUCAAGAUCCGUGUCGAGCCGCGGUGGUUAACAUCCUGCCAGGCAUUGGAUUCGAUAACAACGCAGGUCCAGAAUCACUCGAAGAUUACCUGAGAAGGGUGAUACCCGGUCAAAUACGAAGGAUGGCGACAACUAAGCGAGUUCGGGCCUGCAUGACCAGAGCUUCAACGACGCGCACCCGGGAUUUGGGGAUUUCAAUGGAUGAACGGCCACCUCCCGCUCCGGCAAAUGUAUCGCUCCAUGCGUCGCAGGGACCGUCAGAGUCUUCGCUGCAGUCUUCCGGUCAAGAACAGACGCCCACGAGCUCGCGCUACCCAGCCGGCUCCGGCCGGUCCAGCUCUGGACGACCUCUGCCAAACCCAUCUGCGCGCGAUCCAUGGACUCGAUGCCAAAAGGAUGCUGCUUCGCAAGAAACCAAGAUCGCCGAGGCGGCGAGCGUUCUGUUUCAGGGUCCUCGCGGCGCGCAGUCCGACCCCAGAAUAUGGGGGAUUCCCACCACGACGGAACCAGCACCAUAUCCGAUGGCCGCACAGUUUCCACAAGCUGUAAAUGAUCAUGGAAAUCAUACAAUGGACCCUAUGGCUCAUUUCGACCGAACCUUUGCCAAUCUUCCGCCGUCAAGCACCAUCGCAAUGCUUUGGCAAGAUUACCCCUGUCCGUCGAGGUUGGACUUGCAGCCAUGGUUUGGCGAUGAUUUCGACGAGGAAAAUUGA